CGUACUCCAUCCAGCCAACCUCCUCUGCAGCGAGCGGCUGAGCCAGCAGAGAGACCGAGCCGGCAGCGAGCGAGCGAGCAAGCACCGCGCUCCUUCCUUCCUUCCUUCCUUCCUUCCCCAGCUCGGCUCCAGCAAGCCCCCCUUUUGCACCCACUUCGGACUAAACCCGGGAGGGAUCAUGAUGUUCUCGAGCUUCAACGCCGACUACGAGGCGGCUUCUUCCCGCUGCAGCAGCGCCUCCCCGGCCGGGGACAGUCUGUCCUACUACCACUCUCCGGCCGACUCUUUCUCCAGCAUGGGCUCGCCCGUCAACGCGCAGGACUAUUGCACGGAUCUGGCCGUCUCCAGUGCCAACUUCAUUCCCACGGUGACUGCCAUCUCGACCAGCCCAGAUCUGCAGUGGCUGGUGCAACCCACCCUGGUGUCCUCGGUGGCUCCGUCCCAGACAAGAGCCCCACACCCCUACGGAGUUCCCACUCAGGCGACUGGACCUUACUCCAGGGCUGGUUCCAUGAAGACCAUGAGUGGCGGCCGAGCACAGAGCAUCGGCAGGAGGGGCAAAGUGGAACAGUUGUCCCCCGAAGAAGAGGAGAAAAGGAGAAUCCGAAGGGAAAGAAAUAAGAUGGCAGCAGCUAAGUGCCGGAACAGAAGGCGGGAGCUGACAGACACCCUCCAAGCGGAGACUGAUCAGCUGGAAGAUGAGAAAUCAGCCUUGCAGACCGAGAUCGCCAACUUGCUGAAGGAGAAGGAGAAACUCGAGUUUAUUCUGGCAGCCCAUCGACCGGCCUGCAAGAUCCCAGAUGACCCAGGCUUCCCAGAAGAGAUGUCUGUGACUUCUCUUGAUCUGACUGGGGGCCUACCCCAAGCUGGCACCCCCAACUCGGAGGAGGCCUUCACCCUGCCUCUUCUCAAUGACCCCGAGCCCAAGCUCCCGGUGGAGCCAGUGAAGAGCCUCAAUAGCGUGGAGAUGAAGGCUGAGCCCUUCGAUGACUUCUUGUUCCCGGCCUCCUCCAGGCCCAGCGGCUCCGAGACCGCCCGCUCUGUGCCUGAUGUGGACUUGUCUGGUUCCUUCUACACGGCAGACUGGGAGCCUCCGCACAAUGGCUCUCUGGGGAUGGGGUCCCUGGCCACAGAGCUGGAGCCCCUGUGCACCCCGGUGGUCACCUGUACCCCCAGCUGCACUACUUACACCUCUUCCUUCGUCUUUACCUACCCAGAGGCUGACCCCUUCCCCAGCUGUGCGGCUGCCCACCGCAAGGGAAGCAGCAGCAACGAGCCCUCUUCUGACUCGCUCAGCUCACCCACGCUGCUGGCCCUGUGAGCGGCCAGGGAGAGGGAGGCAGAAGGCCACCCGGCCACUGCCCGAGUUGGUGCAUUACAGAGGAGAAACACGUUUCGUCUUCCCUCAAGGGGUUUCGUAGACCUAGGGAAGACCUUAUCUGUGCGUGAAAACAUACCAGGCUGUGGGCCUCAAGGACUUGAAAGCACUCACCUAUGGACUCGAGUCCUUACCUCUUCCGGAGAUGUAGCAGAAACUAACAAACAAAAAAACAAAACAAAACAAAAAAAAUAAACCCGCAUGGUGUGUGUAUCGUCCCCAGUGACACAUCUGAGAGCUGGUAGUUAGUAGCAUGUUGAGCCAGGCCUGGGUCUGUGUCUCUUUUCUCUUUCUCUUUAGUCUUCUCAUAGCAUUAACUAAUCUAUUGGGUUCAUUAUUGGAAUUAACCUGGUGCUGGAUAUUUUCAAAUUGUAUCUAGUGCAGCUGAUUUUAACAAUAUCUACUGUGUUCCUGGCAAUAGUGUGUUCUGAUUAGCAAAUGACCAAUCUUAAACUAAGAAAAGAUAAUGACUUUAUUUUCCAGUAGAUAGAAAUAAAUAGCUCUAUCCAUGUACUGUAGUUGCCCUCCAACAUCAAUGUCCAUUGUAACGUUACUGAUCAUGCAUUGUCGAGGUGGUCUGAAUGUUCUGACAUUAACAGUUUUCCAUGAAAACGUUUUAUUGUGUUUUUAAUUUAUUUAUUAAGAUGGAUUCUCAGAUAUUUAUAUUUUUAUUUUAUUUUUUUCUACCUUGAGGUCUUUUGACAUGUGGAAAGUGAAUUUGAAUGAAAAAAAAUUUAAGCAUUGUUUGCUUAUUGUUCAAAGACAUUGUCAAUAAAAGCAUUUAAGUUUGAAUGCGA